GCCCCGCUGCAGUGCGGCCGCCGAUGGAUGCUGCGCGGUCGCGCUGCCAUUUGCAGCCGCCGCGGCUCGCAGCGCGCCCCGCGGCCCCGGGAGCCGCGGUCCCCCGGCCGCCGCCGCCCCCCAGCGCCUGCAGCCGCCGGCCGGCUCUCCCCUGCCCCCGCCUCCUCCUCCUUCUCGGCCCCGCUGCCCCGCCGCAAUGAACCCCCCCGCCGCGGCCGGCGGGGAGGAGACGGGGGCGGCGGGCGGCGGCGGCUGCCGGGGGGCCGAGGGUGGCGGGGAGGCGGCGGGCGCCGCCGGGAUCCCGGAGGAGCAGGGGCUGUCGGCGGCGGACGAGUCGCUGGAGGAGAAGCUGCGGAGCCUCACCUUCAGGAAGCAGGUGUCCUACAGGAAAGCAAUCUCCAGGUCAGGCCUCCAGCACCUGGCUCCUGUGCAUUCCCUCAACAUUCCAGUCACCAAUGGACCUGUGAAGGAACCAAGAGCGGCCUUAGAGUGGACUGAGAAUGCUGUGAAUGGAGAGCAUCUGUGGCUAGAGACAAAUGUUUCUGGGGACCUCUGCUACCUGGGGGAGGAGAGCUGCCAAGUCAAAUUCUCAAAGUCUGCCCUGCGGAGGAAGUGUGCUGCCUGCAAGAUCGUGGUCCACAAUGCCUGCAUGGAGCAGUUAGAGAAGAUUAAUUUUCGCUGCAAACCAACUUUCCGAGAAGGAGGAUCCAGAUCUCCAAGAGAAAACUUUGUGCGGCAUCACUGGGUGCACCGGCGGAGGCAGGAGGGCAAAUGUAAGCAGUGUGGAAAGGGCUUUCAGCAGAAAUUCUCCUUCCACAGUAAAGAGAUUGUGGCCAUCAGUUGUUCCUGGUGCAAGCUGGCGUUUCAUAACAAAGUCACCUGUUUCAUGCUACAUCACAUUGAGGAGCCAUGUUCCCUGGGGGCUCAUGCUGCUGUCAUUGUGCCUCCCACCUGGAUCAUUAAGGUGAAGAAACCUCAGGUGGUCUCCAUACCAGGAGACGAGCCUGAUUGGGCAGGAGACUGGAGCCCCGAAGGGGAAAUGGGCGUCUCCUACCCCUUUUGGGAGGGUUGGCAGAACUCCUUAAAGACUUCAACAAGGCGAAAGAAGAGAACAUCCUUUAAAAGAAAAGCCAGCAAAAGAGGAAAUGAAGAUAACAAAGGCCGGCCUUUUGUGAUAAAACCUAUCUCCUCUCCACUCAUGAAACCACUGCUGGUUUUUGUCAAUCCAAAAAGUGGAGGGAAUCAGGGCACCAAGGUUCUCCAAAUGUUUAUGUGGUAUUUGAAUCCACGCCAGGUCUUUGAUCUCUCUCAGGAAGGGCCAAGAGAUGCGCUGGAGCUGUACAGAAAAGUGCCGAACCUGCGGAUCCUGGCAUGUGGUGGGGAUGGGACGGUGGGCUGGAUCCUGUCCAUCCUUGAUGAGCUGCAACUCAGCCCCCCACCUCCUGUGGCUGUCCUUCCACUUGGCACUGGGAAUGACCUUGCCCGCACCCUCAACUGGGGUGGGGGUUACACAGAUGAGCCAGUGUCUAAGAUCCUGUGCCAUGUAGAAGAUGGAACCAUUGUCCAGCUGGACCGUUGGAAUCUUCAGGUUGAGCGCAACCCUGAUUUGCCCCAGGAUGAGCUGGAGGAUGGGGCACGUAAGCUUCCCCUAAAUGUCUUCAAUAAUUACUUCAGUCUUGGAUUUGAUGCACACGUUACGCUGGAGUUCCAUGAAUCCAGAGAAGCAAAUCCAGAGAAAUUCAACAGCCGAUUUAGAAAUAAAAUGUUUUAUGCUGGGGCAGCCUUUACAGACUUUCUGCAAAGAAGCUCGAGAGAUUUAUCCAAACAUGUUAAAGUUGUGUGUGAUGGUACAGACCUGACUCCAAAGAUCCAGGAGCUGAAGUUCCAGUGUAUAGUGUUUUUAAACAUACCCAGGUAUUGUGCUGGCACAAUGCCCUGGGGGAACCCUGGUGACCACAGAGACUUUGAGCCCCAGCGUCACGACGAUGGCUACAUCGAAGUCAUUGGGUUCACCAUGGCCUCGCUGGCUGCUCUCCAGGUGGGUGGCCACGGAGAGCGGUUGCACCAGUGCCGGGAGGUGACGCUUUUGACGUACAAGUCUAUCCCCAUGCAAGUGGACGGCGAGCCCUGUCGGCUGGCUCCCUCCCUCAUCCGCAUCUCCCUGAGGAACCAAGCCAACAUGGUGCAGAAAAGCAAGAGGAGAACGUCCAUGCCUUUGCUGAAUGAUAUCCAUAAAGUGCAGUCUGCUGACCUGAGGAGAGUCUCGGCUCCCCCUGAUUCCUUCACUGUUCCUCAUUCCAUCCCAGAUCGCCUGCGGAUCAGAGUGAACAGGAUUAAUUUACAAGAAUAUGAGGGGCUACAUUACGACAAAGAAAAACUCCGGGAAGCUUCCAUUCCACUAGGGAUCAUAGUUGUACGAGGAGAUUGUGACUUGGAGACUUGUCGUAUGUACAUUGACCGUCUACAAGAGGACCUACAGUCAGUAACCUCUACGACACAAAGAGUUCAUUACCAGGACCAGGAAAGCUCUUUCCCCAGAGUACUUUCUGUUCAGAGGCUCUCUCCUAGAUGGUGCUUUCUAGAUGCAACUUCUGCUGAUCGUUUUUACCGCAUUGACAGAUCUCAGGAACAUUUGCACUUUGUGACGGAAAUUUCGCAGGACGAGAUUUUUAUUCUGGACCCAGAGAUGGUAAUGUCUCAGCAGGUGGGGACGCCACCAGGAAUGCCUGACCUGGUAGUGGAGCAGGCAACUGGAAUAUCGGAGCGGUGGAACCCUGCGGUUCGGAAGAGGAUGCUGAGUGACAGCGGCCUUGGAAAGAUUUCUCCCCACUACGAGGUACCUGACAAACAAAAGGACGCCAGCCAGACACAUAUGCUGCAGUCACCGGUUUCUUCAGAAGAUCAAGCACUUUUACAGGCAGUCAUAUCUGGUGAUGUACUGAAGUUCAUAGAAUGUUGUAAAAAAGGAGCCAAUUUGUUAAUCCAAGGACCUGAUCACUGCUCCUUAUUGCACCACGCAGCCAAGACUGGGAAUGGCGAGAUAGUGAAAUACAUCCUGGAGCAUGGUCCAUCUGAAUUACUGGACAUGACAGACAGUGAAACGGGUGAGACAGCACUACAUAAGGCAGCCUGCCAGCGCCACCGCGCCGUCUGCCAGCUCCUGGUGGAUGCGGGAGCCUCUCUGAGGAAGACAGAUUCCAAGGGUAAGACCCCUCGGGACAGGGCUCAGCAAGCUGGUGAUCCAGACCUGGCCUCCUACCUGGAGAGUCGACAAAACUAUCAAAUGGUUUCCCACGAGGACCUAGAGACAGCAGUCUGAUGCCUGAAAGCAUCUGAGAGGAUCCCUGGAAAUCUCGAGACCGCACCUGAGGCACUCGGGCAUUGUGUGAGGAAGAAACUGAUGGAACCCACAUGUCUCUCACUCUCGAGGAAAAUACCUGAAGACAUGCCACCAGUUUCUAAGGGCUACUGAGUCUUGCCACGGAACGCUUGUGUUCCAUAAGUUAGCCCAUGAUGGAUGAGGUGGGACACUCAAAGGUCUGUGGAAUCCAUAGGCCACAAAAAUUUACCUUUAUUGCUUCCAGCAAGUAGCAUGAACUUCUCCCAUGGUCAUCCGUAUAAUUUAUUUAAAAAAAAAAAAAAAAAGGAAAGAGUAAAGAGGGUGUGGGGGAACAAAAUCCAAACUAACUGGUACAUUAAGCCACCCAACCAGGCUGUCCUCCAUCCUUACAGUUACUGCAUUGCUUUUAUUCUCCUGUUCCCCUCACUUCUCAUCAGUUAAAUAUUACCUGUUAUCUCUGUGUUGUCUUCACAAAUGGUCAGGCAGUAGCAAAAUGUCUGAGGAGCUCUGGAUGCCCUUUAAAAAUAUCCAGUGUGUUUGUCAGCUACAUUCCCUCCCCUGCCAUCCUCUUGGAAGCUGUGUUGCCAGCACUCAGCCCCCACGGAGUUUCCUUGCUUUUGGAGAGGAUGCUAUUUAUUGCCUUGUUUCCCAGGGUUUGGGGCAUGAUCAGAUUUACAGCAGUGACAAAACCCAACCUCAUCGUUGCUGGGCAUGAGGUUAUGGUAUCCUCACGAGACAGGCAUUUGCAUGGAAAGGAGCUCUAUGGGAUACACCAUGCUGAAUGGCAGAGCAGGAAGUCGCCAGGAGGGUUUCUCAUAUCACUUUUAUGCCUGUAAUGGCUGACUCAGUUCUUCUCAGGUUUCAGGCCUGCCUAGAAGUUGAUAUCUUCUUUAGUUCUUUACUUGUGAAAAUAUGGGUUUUACCCUAGGGAGAGAUUUGUGCAAGACUGAGGGAAUUCUGAUGGACUCAAUGACAGACCUAGUCCCCUUUGCAGCACAGCCAGAGGGAGGAAGGAGACCUGGAACAUCAGCAGCCAGCCUGGGCUCAUUGCUGCCACCAAACAAAUGGGCACUGGCCUGGUCACAUUGGGAAUGGAAAAACCUUAUUUGACUGAACCUGUAAACUAUCUGAUUUUUCAAGGGAACCAAGUUUUGGGGGGAGUCUGUGGAAGUCUGUCCCUGGAGGAAGACAAGCAGCAGCUCAUUGCCUUCUUGCCCACAAUAGGUUUGAAAUGUAAAGCUUAGCUGCUGUAAAGGCCAGCUGUUUCUUCUGUACUCAUCUGUUUUCUGUCUUGUAACUAUAAAGGAAGAGAAAGCAAACAAAUACACAAGCAUAAAUAAAAUGUUUCAUCUUUGAGUUUCUAAUUGCUACAGAUAUCUCAGUUGACAAAAUAGCCGAGCUUCCACUUCUACUUUGUCAGACCAGUGCCCAUGAAGACGCUCAUGGCUGACUUUUGGCAUAACUCUUGCAAUACAUUUUUGAAUUUUGCUUUGUUGUUUGAUUCAAAAGAUCCACCAGUGUUUGUUUUCACAUCCCUUGCUAGGGGUAGCUCUCUGAUAGAUGGUGAUCAUCAGGGUUACAUACAUUUGGAAACCAUGAAAAUAACUCAGGUCAUUAUUCAGAUAAGUUUUUCUUCUUUGGUAGAAGUGAAGAAAAUCAAAUGAAUGCAUUUUUUUUUUAAGCACGAGUGAUUGUUGUAGUAGGGAGGGGGGAGCUGAACAAUGUAUUUUAAUUUUUUUCCUCUUUUCAAAAGUUCAUUUGAUAUGGGCAAAAUAUUUCUUUAGUAUUUCUUCCUCUGGAAGGAAACUAUAUAUAUUUGUAAUCUAUAGAUCAAUGGCAACAUGAAAUGUAUUUUGUCUUAUUUUCUGUCUUUACCUUUCUCAUUUAAAAAAUAAAAUAUGAAAGCCAAAUUACUUCCCUUGAUAAUUAUCCAGGGGUUUGUGGAGAAAAUAAGUAUCUGUAUAUAUUAGAACAGAAUUUGGCAACUGUUAAAAUAAAAACUCAGAAUAUAGUUUUGGUGUAUGUGAUAUUUCCACAAGGAAAGAUCCUCACCCUGUGGUUGCAUGGUAGGCCUUGCAUCAUUUCCCAGCUGUGAGAAAAUACAUUACUGUAAUAUUUCUAUACAUUUGAUGGAAACAAGAAUUAUGUUAUAAUCACUUUAAUCUUUUGGUUUUCUUUACUGAUCUGAGAAAUGGAGGAAGUUUUAAUAGCACAGGAGCUUGGCUCUGUCCUGUGCUGAGGCCAAGCUGAGUAUGGUCACUGAGCCUGUGAGAGCUCCCUGAUCCUUUAGCCCCAUGAAGCAGCUUGCUUUCAUCACAGGUGUGAGAUGAAAUGGCCAGAUGUGGAUUAUGAUAAGGGAGCUGCUUCUGGUCCCUCUGUCCCCAGCUGUUCUUCCCUUGUCAGCUCAUCCCUGGUACCCAGGAGGUACCUGCAGCUGUGGCUGGCUCUUGAGCAGCUUGCCAGGAUGGGAAGAUUUCCUGAGCAAUUUUAUGCCAUUUGGACAGCUCAGAGGAACCCAGAGCACAUGGGAGAGCGUGGCUUGCCUUUUUCACCAAAAGCUGGAGUACGGUGGUACAAUCAGAGUGAGUCUGUUGAGCCUCUGGAAAGCUGUCUGUGCUGUGUGCUUAGCAGGAGACAGCUACUGUAUGAUAAAAAUAGCCCCCAGCACUGGAGGUAGGGCAGGAAUGGGCUGGAUGUGGUGCCUUUGACGUCCAAGGUGUCCUAAGCACCGCACACAUGAGGCACUAGAUACCGGUGAUGUUUGGUAUCCGCAGGAAACUGAGAACAUCUGAUGGUUUCCACAAUGACUCAUGUGACAAGGAAUAUCAGAAGUUGGCUCACUGAGGGCAGUUCGGGACCAGGACCAUUCCUUGCCCUUAAGUGUGGUGGGAUUACCAGAAGCAGCAGGCUCUGCAGCAGUUAAAGGUAACACAUUUGUAUUGAAUCUCUGGAGCACUUGGGGUCAAGGUUAGUACAGUACAACUGUGCCUGCACUGGGCAGGGCCCAAAUUCCAGUGUGCAGCUGGGAGUCCCUUUAAAUUACAUGUAAAGCAUUUUGAUUUACUAAAGCAUCUGUUCAGUGGUUGCUUCUGUUAAUGUGUGUAUAUUACUAUAUAUAUGUAUAUUUAUAAAUAUCAGUAUGCAUGUAUAUAGAUGCACACAUACACAUGCAAACACACUUGAAAUUGUGUCAUUUGAAUGACAAAGCCCCUAGGGAUGCUCAGCUACUGAGAUUGCUGGACUGACAAAAUGCCAUUUGCCAUUUUAAUUUGUUAUUGAAGGGAACCUUUCUCAGUAGAACUGAGGAGCUUCGAAAUCUUUCCGUUGUACUGGUUUUACUAUCUCAUUUUGGAGUUAAAUGGAGGGAAAGAAAUAUUAUUUAUAAUAAUAAAAUAAAAUUAACUUUGUAAUUUAAUAGCA